AUGAAGCCCUUUCCAGAUGUAGCUGCCAAGUGGCUGAGGACAACAGCCCCAAGUUUGCAAUCAUCAAGGAUGUCCUGGGUUUGGAUUUUUCUGCUAGCCACUGAACUCCUGGAAGGACAGAGGGAGGCUGAGAGCUGCAUACCACCUCCAGGGGCUAAGAACUGGGCCAAAUUCCAGCCGGCCAGCCAGUCCUCAACGUAUCCACAGUGGGGCACAGUCUACAGCGUGGCAGAGAGUGCCGUGGAUGGGGAUCGUGAUGGAGAUUGGAGCCACGGCUCCUGCAGCCACACCACCCUGGAGAAAGAGCCCUGGUGGAGCGUGGACUUGGGCACUCGCUAUGCCAUCACUGCUGUGGUGGUGAAGAAUCGUCAGGAUUGCUGCUCUGAGCGGAUCAAGGGAGCCAAGGUCCACGUAGGGGACUCCAUAGCCAACUAUGGCAAAUGCAACCCUGUCUGUGGGAUCGUCACCAACGGCAGCACUGGUUCACUCAGCAUCAUCUGUUGCCAUGGACACAAAGGCCGCUAUGUGAGCGUUAUUAUCCCUGGCCGGGCAGAGUACCUGACACUGUGUGAGCUGGAAGUCUACGGCUCCAAGCUGGAGGACCAGUGCUAG